AAUCACUGGGGCUCCAUGCUUAGCCACCGAGGCGCGCGUCCCAGUCGCUGUGUGCCGGGUGCACGCUCCGCCACGAGCGCUGGGCUCGGAGCUGGCGACAGGACCCAGGCACAGUGGCCGGUGGCAGGAAGAGGUCAGAAACCACUCUUGUCGGGGGUGGUGGGGGAGGGCGCCCCAUCCCUGCCUCUGCUUCCUGCCUGCGCGACGUUUACAGCAUGGUGCAACUCCCACCUCCGGAAGGCAGGGACGCAGAUCGAGAACAUCGAGGAGGACUUCCGGGAUGGCCUGAAGCUGAUGCUGCUGCUGGAGGUCAUCUCAGGGGAACGCUUGGCCAAGCCAGAGAGAGGCAAGAUGAGGGUGCACAAGAUCUCCAACGUCAACAAGGCCCUGGACUUCAUAGCCAGCAAGGGGGUCAAACUGGUGUCCAUAGGAGCUGAAGAAAUCGUGGAUGGGAAUGUGAAAAUGACCCUGGGCAUGAUCUGGACCAUCAUCCUCCGCUUCGCCAUCCAGGACAUCUCCGUGGAAGAGACUUCGGCUAAGGAAGGGCUGCUCUUGUGGUGUCAGAGAAAGACAGCGCCUUACAAAAACGUCAACAUCCAGAACUUCCACAUAAGCUGGAAGGACGGCCUUGGCUUCUGUGCCUUGAUCCACCGACACCGGCCUGAGCUGAUUGACUACGGGAAGCUGCGGAAGGAUGAUCCACUUACAAAUCUGAACACAGCCUUUGAUGUGGCAGAGAAGUACCUGGACAUCCCCAAGAUGCUGGAUGCUGAAGACAUUGUCGGAACCGCCCGCCCGGAUGAGAAAGCCAUCAUGACUUAUGUGUCCAGCUUCUACCAUGCCUUCUCCGGAGCCCAGAAGGCCGAGACAGCAGCCAAUCGCAUCUGCAAGGUGCUGGCCGUCAACCAGGAGAACGAGCAGCUCAUGGAAGACUACGAGAAGCUGGCCAGCGAUCUGCUGGAGUGGAUCCGCCGCACCAUCCCAUGGCUGGAGAACCGGGCGCCUGAGAACACCAUGCAUGCCAUGCAGCAGAAGCUGGAGGACUUCCGAGACUACCGGCGCCUGCACAAGCCACCCAAGGUGCAGGAGAAGUGCCAGCUGGAGAUCAACUUCAACACACUGCAGACCAAGCUGCGCCUCAGCAACCGGCCCGCCUUCAUGCCCUCCGAGGGCCGGAUGGUCUCGGACAUCAACAACGCCUGGGGCUGCCUGGAGCAGGCGGAGAAAGGCUACGAGGAGUGGCUGCUGAACGAGAUCCGGAGGCUGGAGCGGCUGGACCACCUGGCAGAGAAGUUCCGUCAGAAGGCCUCCAUCCACGAGGCCUGGACAGAUGGCAAAGAGGCCAUGCUGCGGCAGAAGGAUUACGAGACAGCCACCCUCUCGGAGAUCAAGGCGCUGCUCAAGAAGCACGAGGCCUUCGAGAGCGACCUGGCCGCCCACCAGGACCGCGUGGAGCAGAUUGCUGCCAUCGCCCAGGAGCUUAAUGAGCUGGACUAUUACGACUCCAACCCAGUGUACAACGCCCGGUGACCAAAAGAUCUGUGACCAGGUGGGAACAAUCUGGGGGCUCUAACCCAGAAGCGGAGGGAAGCUCUGGAGCGGACAGAGAAACUGCUGGAGACCAUCGACCAGCUGUACCUGGAGUAUGCCAAGCGGGCUGCACCCUUCAACAACUGGAUGGAGGGGGCCAUGGAGGACCUGCAGGACACCUUCAUCGUGCACACCAUUGAGGAGAUCCAGGGACUGACCACAGCCCAUGAGCAGUUCAAGGCCACCCUCCCCGAUGCCGACAAGGAGCGCCUGGCCAUCCUGGGCAUCCAUAACGAGGUGUCCAAGAUUGUCCAGACCUACCACGUCAACAUGGCGGGCAGCAACCCCUACACAACCAUCACGCCUCAGGAGAUCAAUGGCAAAUGGGACCAUGUGCGGCAGCUGGUGCCUCGGAGGGACCAGGCCCUGACGGAAGAGCAUGCCCGCCAGCAGCACAACGAGAGGCUACGCAAGCAGUUUGGGGCCCAGGCCAAUGUCAUUGGGCCCUGGAUCCAGACCAAGAUGGAGGAGAUCGGCAGGAUCUCUAUCGAGAUGCACGGGACCCUGGAGGACCAGCUCAGCCACCUGCGGCAGUACGAGAAGAGCAUCGUCAACUACAAGCCCAAGAUCGACCAGCUGGAGGGCGACCACCAGCUCAUCCAGGAGGCGCUCAUCUUCGACAAUAAGCACACCAACUACACCAUGGAGCACAUCCGCGUGGGCUGGGAGCAGCUCCUCACCACCAUUGCCAGGACCAUCAAUGAGGUGGAGAACCAGAUCCUGACCAGGGAUGCCAAGGGCAUCAGCCAGGAGCAGAUGAAUGAGUUCCGGGCCUCCUUCAACCACUUUGACCGGGAUCACUCCGGCACGCUGGGUCCCGAGGAGUUCAAAGCCUGCCUCAUCAGCUUGGGUUAUGAUAUUGGCAACGACCCCCAGAAGAAGACAGGCAUGAUGGACAUGGAUGAUUUCCGCGCCUGCCUUAUCUCCAUGGGUUACAACAUGGGAGAGGCAGAAUUUGCCCGCAUCAUGAGUAUCGUGGACCCCAACCGCCUUGGGGUAGUGACGUUCCAGGCCUUCAUCGACUUUAUGUCCCGUGAGACGGCCGACACAGAUACAGCAGACCAAGUCAUGGCUUCCUUCAAGAUCCUGGCUGGGGACAAGAACUACAUCACGGUGGACGAGCUGCGUCGUGAGCUGCCGCCGGAUCAGGCUGAGUACUGCAUCGCACGAAUGGCCCCCUACACCGGCCCUGACGCCGUGCCCGGUGCUCUGGACUACAUGUCCUUCUCCACGGCGCUGUACGGCGAGAGUGACCUCUAACCUGCCCCGCCCAGCCCGCGCCCUCACCCUCGCCCGGCCGCUGUACAAGCCCCGCCCUGCGCCUCCGCUGUCCCCUCUCCCGCCCGGGUUCGGUUUCCGUGCUUCGCCUCCCAAGUAGGGGCGAGCUGGGACCCACGUGGCAUCGAGCCUCCCUGCCCGCGAAGUGACAGUUUACAAAAUUAUUUUCUGCAAAAAAGAAAAAAAAAAGUUACGUUAAAAAAAGUAAAAAACCAAAAAACCACAUAUUUUAUUAUAGAAAAAGUAUUUUUUUCUCCACCAGACUUAAAUGGAAAAGAGGAAAAAUUAACUAUUUGCACCGAAAUAUUUUGUUUUGUUGUGACAUAGGAAAAUAACCAAGCACAAUGUUAUAUUCCAUUCUUUUUAUCGAUUUUUUUUUUCUAUCUGUACCAUCUGCUGUAUUCCUUUCUCCAAUCUCAUGUCCACCUUGAUGUGGGAGUGGGGGGUGGGGGUAGGGGAUAAUCUUGUCAAAAGGCACAUUGGUGCAUGUGUGUUUGCUAGCUCACUUGUCCAUGAAAAUAUUUUAUGAUAUUAAAGAAAAUCUUUUGAAAUGGCUGUUUUUUAUGGAAGAGAACUUAUGUGGCUUAUCUUCUGAUUUUUAAGGCCAGAGGUGUAAUUAGCCUCUUUUUCAGCACACACUUUUUAAAAAAUAUUGCUUAUUAAAAAUGGUCAGGACCAAAUUGGUGAGUGUGGCCAACUUUGAUACUGCUUGGCGCACACCAUAUUAAAGCAACAAUACUCCCA